AUGGCUUCUACUGUCUUGAUCAAUAAUCCUGCAAUUCAAUAUCUUUUACACCAAGCUGAUGAAUUAACAAAUUCAACAUUGGGAUCGUCUACGAUGGUUACAGAUAUUAGUGGCGAACAAUAUUUGGCAUCGAAUUCAUUGAAUAUCAAUGAUUUGUCAAACUUGAAUGAAUUCAGAGUUGAAGAAAUUGACCAAGCAACAGUCAGCCAAAUUUCUCAAGCAUUAUCAUCAGCAAAUGCUCAUCAACAAUAUCAACUAGUUGAUCAAAGCAGUGCACUCAACGUUGUGGUUGAUGAAUCAACCGGAGUAUUAACACCAAUAUCGAAUUAUUAUGGAGAAAUUUUUCGCGAUCCUAAUCCACUUGAAGUUAUCCGACGACCACCAAUACAAGGUCCAGUUACGUAUCGUCAAAAUGUUUCGGUACGCUUUCUUCAACCACCGCCAGCUCCAGCACCAGGACCACUGAUUAUCAAAGAAGUUCGUCCACCACAACCACCAGCUCCUCCACCACUUGUCGUUCGACAACGUGCACCUCCAAUUCCAACACCUCCUCCACUUAUUCUUCGAGAACGACCACCAAGAAGUCCUCCUCUAAUUCCUUCACAAACACUCAUAAAAAAAUUACCUCCGAUUCCCGUUCCACCUCGAUCAGUUAUUGUCGAGCGUUUUUCGGCAUUGCCUCCACGACCUCGUGAUAUUUUUAUUGAACGUUGGUUACCUUAUUCCAAAGAACCUCCACAACGUAAAGUCAUAGUACAGCGAGCUCCACCACCUCAUCCUUAUCCUGCACCACGCAAUGCAAUCAUUGUUUAUGAUCCAGUACAAGCUCAUGUUGUACGUUCAAUACAAAAAUUUGGUAUUCAACCACAAAAUCCUGAAGAAUAUAAACUGCGAUACGGAAAUACAUUAUUAGAUCCAUCAACAUUAGUAGCACAAGCACAACAUAUUGGAAUCAUUGAAGAUCUUGUAUGUAAUCAUAAUUGA